AUGUCCUUUUUUAAAACUACCACUGUUGGUGUUCCUUCUCUUGUUCGUCGUGCCGUUCCUGCGUUUAUUAUCUGUUUUGGUGAUGAUGAGGAUGAUGAUGAGUGUCACUAUAAGAAGGAAGAAGAUGAUAUUGAGGAUAACGAGGAUGGUUUUUCUCGUGUUGCCGGUGAAUUGGGUUCUUUAACCGGACAUUCUUCCCAUGCUGCCGAGGUACCAGGUGGUGCUCCUGGUUCUAAACAGCAGAAGCCAAAACCUCCUGAACAGUUGAAAGAAAGUCAGCAAGUGGAGCAACACGAGAAACAAAUACAUGAGAAACAGGAACCACCGGGAAAAGGAGAAAUCACCACCUCAUCUCAUACUUCAGGGAUAAAUGGUCAGGGAGAUUCUAGAUCCCUUGAGGCAUCCCCUCCUGCAGAGUCAGGUAGAGGAUCAGUGGGAAGAGAAGAAAAUACUGAAGAAACCACAACAGUGUCUGAAGAACCAUCACCAGAAAAUAAACACGCUGCUCAACAAAGAACACAGUCGGGUGGACAACCACAGGAUGGCACAAACACUCACGUUACACAAAAUGAAGAGACCCCAGUCACAAGAGUAUCAGCUACUACUGACGGUGAACAGAUUUCUGCAAAUGCACCUCAGAAUACACCGGAUACUUCUUCAAACACUUCAGCCACACCGAAUGCUAACGAAUCUGGAGAUGCACAGAGUGAAUCAACAAGUACCCAAAAGGCUGAUGUGGGUAGUGCCAACUCCUCAACCACCACCACCACCACAACAACAACAACAACAACACUUCCUCCUGAACUCACAAACAACAAGAGGGGUGAUGUAGACAGCAGCAGUAUCAGCAGUUCUGUGUGGGUGCGUGUACCACUACUGAUUGUGGUUACACUGUCCUGUAUUCUUGUGUGCUGA